AAAAGCGGCCCCCGCGCCUCUCAGCGAAGGCGGUUUGGGGAGUCUAACGUGCCUUGUUAUCGGUACCUAAACACUAAGCGUUAAGGGCAAGGCUGAGGCAAAGCAGAACCGGCUCCUCUGGGCUGCAGGUUUAAAUUUUGAUGGAUGGUUGUUGAUUCGUUUGGAACCAAAAUCACUAGAAAACGUGGUUUCUGUGAGAGAACCAGAUGCUGGGUGUGACAUUCUUUCUUUUUCCUUUUUUACUGUAAUUCCGAGUUUUGCUGCUUGUGGAGUUUUUAAAGGACCUCUGCGGGGCUGCUUUUACCUCUUGACAAAAUGAAGCCCAUAUAUUUUUCAGUCAGUUAUACGUAAUAUUGGCAACCUGCUUGGCACAAGGGACUGGCACUGCCUGACCCAGCAGAACAUUGGACACUCCCUCUCUCUCUUUCGCUCUCUCUCUCUCUCGCUUUCUUCUUUUUUUGCUACAUGUAACUGAUUGUGUUAAAGCACACUGGUUUUUUUCCCCCCCACAUCCUUUAAAGAUUUUUCCAAAAUGAAGAAAUUUAAUUUCCGCAAAGUUUUGGAUGGUUUAACUGCCUCAUCUCCGGGUGGCAGUAGCAGUGGUGGCAGUAGCAGUGGUGGCGGCAGUGGGGCUGGAAGUGGAUCCAUGCAUUCAGGAGGAACUGCAGGUGCUGCAGGGACACCCAGAGAAGAGAUCCAGGAAAUCCUAUCUUCGGAUUGUUUCCAGAUUUGUAAGACGGUUCGCCAUGGUUUUCCUUAUUUGCCCACUGCCUUAGCUUUUGACCCAGUUCAGAAAAUUCUGGCUAUUGGGACAAGAACAGGAGCCAUACGAAUACUGGGCAGACCUGGUGUUGAUUGCUACUGCCAACAUGAAAGUGGUGCCGCGGUAUUGCAGCUCCAGUUCUUAAUCAAUGAGGGUGCCUUGGUCAGUGCAAGUGCAGAUGACACACUUCAUUUGUGGAACCUAAGACAGAAACGGCCGGCUAUUCUUCAUUCUCUGAAAUUUAACAGAGAACGGAUUACUUACUGCCAUCUGCCCUUCCAGAGUAAAUGGCUCUACGUUGGAACAGAGCGGGGAAAUACACACAUUGUAAAUAUUGAGUCUUUCAUUCUUUCUGGAUACGUUAUCAUGUGGAACAAGGCAAUAGAACUAUCCACAAAGACUCACCCUGGUCCAGUUGUACAUCUAAGUGAUAGCCCAAGAGAUGAGGGAAAACUAUUAAUAGGCUAUGAAAAUGGGACGGUAGUACUCUGGGACUUGAAAUCGAAAAGAGCAGACUUGAGAGUCUACUACGAUGAGGCUAUUCAUUCUGUUGAUUGGCAUCAUGAGGGGAAGCAAUUCAUGUGCAGUCACUCUGAUGGCAGCUUGACUCUGUGGAACUUGAAAAGUCCUAGCAGACCAUUUCAGAUAACAAUCCCACAUGGAAAAAUUCAAAGAGAUGGGAAAAAACCUGAAUCUUGUAAACCAAUUCUUAAAGUAGAAUACAAGACAUGUAAAAGCAGUGAACCAUUUAUAAUCUUUUCUGGUGGACUGUCAUAUGACAAAGUUUGUCGAAGACCAAGUCUAACCAUCAUGCAUGGAAAAGCUAUUACAGUUCUUGAAAUGGAUCACCCUAUAGUUGAGUUUUUAACUCUUUGUGAAACACCAUAUCCAAAUGAAUUUCAAGAACCCUAUGCUGUAGUUGUACUGUUGGAAAAAGAUCUCAUUGUUGUUGACCUAACACAAAGCAAUUUUCCAAUCUUUGAAAAUCCUUAUCCCAUGGACAUACAUGAGUCACCAGUUACCUGCACAGAAUAUUUUGCUGACUGUCCUCCAGAUUUGAUUCCUGUACUGUAUUCUGUAGGAGCUAAACAUAAAAAGCAAGGAUAUAGCAAUAAGGAAUGGCCAAUCAGUGGGGGAGCAUGGAACCUAGGAACACAGACAUAUCCUGAAAUUAUUAUUACAGGUCAUGCAGACGGAUCGAUAAAGUUUUGGGAUGCUUCUGCCAUAACUCUACAGAUGUUGUACAAGUUAAAAACCUCAAAAGUUUUUGAAAAACAGAAGCUAGGAGAAGGAAAACCAACAGCUGAGAUUGUAGAAGAAGAUCCUUUUGCCAUUCAGAUGAUGCACUGGUGUCCUGAAAGCCGAAUAUUCUGUGUGGCAGGAGUCUCUGCAUAUGUUGUUGUUUACAGAUUCAGCAGACACGAAGUGAAUACUGAAAUAGUGUCAUUAGAGGUGCGACUUCAGUAUGAAGUAGAAGAUAUCAUCACUCCUGAACCAGAAAUAAUUCCUCCAUUUCCAGAUGCCUCGUCCCAGCUUCCUUCCUUAAAGAGCCUGUCGGGCAGUACCAACACUGUGGCAUGCGAAGGAAUGAUGAAGGACAGUAUCCCAUGUCUCAGUGUUAAGACCCGCCCUGUGCGAAUGCCUCCUGGUUACCAAGCAGAACUUGUUAUUCAGCUGGUAUGGGUAGAUGGUGAGCCGCCACAACAAAUCACCAGUCUGGCUGUAAAUUCAGCCUACGGACUUGUUGCAUUUGGGAACUGCAAUGGUUUGGCUGUUGUGGAUUUUAUGCAGAAGACAGUAUUGCUGAGCAUGGGAACCAUUGACCUAUACGGAUCAAGUGAUCCAUACCAGCGACAGCCGCGUUCUCCACGCAAAAACAAGCAGUUCACUGCAGACAACUUUUGCAUGCGUGGCCUGUCUAACUUUUAUCCAGAUUUAACGAAACGGAUCCGUACUUCCUAUCAGAGCCUGACUGAACUCACUGACAGUCCAGUUUCCCUGGAGCUAGAGCGUUGCAAGUCUCCCACUUCAGUUAAAGGAUCAAGAAAGUUAAGUCUGCCAACAGAUCUUAAGACUGAUCUUGAUCAUGUAAAUGGACAUUGUACAAGUCCAACCUCCCAGACUUGCAGCUCUGGAAAACGGCUCUCUAGCGCAGAUGUUACCAAAUCAAAUCGCCGAGGACCUGGGAGGCCGCCAUUUAGAAAAGCACAGUCUGCAGCUUGCAUGGAGAUUUCCCUUCCAGUUACAACGGAAGGUGAGUGCCACUCAGCAUUUUCAUUAGGUUACAUUUCCAGACGGGCAAUGCUUCAGCAAUUACAUGGAGUCAGUACAUUCUCACAUGACGAGCGUCACUAUGCCACUUACACAUGGAUGGAGAAAGAAAACCGGGAAAACACCUUCAGCCGUUCCCGAAGCUCUAGUGUCUCCAGUAUCGACAAGGAGUCUAAGGAAGCAAUUACAGCUUUGUACUUUAUGGAAACCUUUGCACGGAAGAAUGACUCUACUGUCUCCCCCUGUCUGUGGGUUGGAACAGGCCUCGGUAUGGUCUUAAUCAUCUCCCUUAAUCUGCCUGCUACUGAGGAAUUAAGGCAGACAGAACCGGUCAUGGUGUCUCCAAGUGGUACAGUUCUGACGCUGAAGGGAGCAGUGCUGACUUUUUCAUGCCUGGACUGCAUGGGAGCAUUGAUACAUCCACCCUAUGAAGUAUGGAGGGACCCAAACAGCAUAGAAGAUAAUGAAAAAAUGAGAAAAAGGAAACUCGUCAUGCAUUCUCCUUCCUCUUCUCAGGAUAUGGGAGAUUAUCAGUUUGCGGUCAUCUGCUCAGAAAAACAAGCCAAAGUUUUCUCUCUGCCUUCCCAGACAUGCCUCUAUGUUCACAACAUCACAGAAACGUCCUUUCUACUGCGAGCAGAUGUGGUGACCCUGUGUAAUAGCAUUUGCCUGGCUUGCUUUUGUGCCAAUGGGCAUAUAAUGACAAUGAGUUUGCCCAGCCUUCGCCCAAUGCUGGAUGUCAACUAUUUGCCUGUAACAGACAUGAGGAUAGCACGGACAUUUUGUUUCACCAAUGAAGGGCAAGCUUUGUAUCUCAGCUCUCCCACAGAGAUCCAGCGACUGACCUACAGCCAGGAGAUGUGUGACAAUCUCCAGGACAUGCUUGGGGAUUUGUUUACCCCAGUGGAAACACCAGAAGCCCAGAACAGAGGCUUUCUCAAGGGGCUGUUUGGAGGAAGCGGGCAGACCUUUGACAGAGAAGAGCUGUUGGGGGAAUGCGCUAACUCCCACCUAAGCAUUCAGCCCCUCCCUGGCUCGGGUGGAAUCGAGGGUAUGAAAGGAGCUGCAGGAGGGGUAAUUGGAGACUUGGCUCGUGCACGCCUCGCCCUUGAUGAGAGAGGACAGAGACUGGGAGAACUGGAUGAAAAAACAGCAGGCAUGAUGACUAGUGCAGAGGCGUUUUCCAAACAUGCACAUGAGUUGAUGCUGAAAUAUAAGGACAAGAAAUGGUACCAGUUUUAGACUGCUGCUUGACUUUCAUGAGAACACUAUUCAGGGAAGCGGAACUUAUUCCCAGCACUGGCCAGAAGCAAAACUUUCUCCUAGGAAAUGUUUUCUUGUUUGUUUGGAUUCACCACAACCAGGGAGUCAAGGAGAAGUUUUACAACCCACAAGAUGGAGCCUAGACUUGUAUUGGUCUUUUAGUCAAAAUACCUGGGCCAUGGUGUAGUAAAUCUUUUCUCAGAAGCAACUGAACAGUCAUGUUGGCAUGUAGCUUUUUUUCAGAAGCUCUAGGAAUGAACCGUGGAGAGUGUGUCUGAUUAAAAAUAUCUUGUACAAACUAGAAUGUUAAUGCACUUAUUUAAAAAAAAUUUUUUGCAUGACUGACAUCUUAAAACAAAAAGACAGCAUGUUGUGACCGAAGAAUAAGGGAUUUAUUUCUAUGCUGAGCCAAAUAAAUAAAUAAAAGCAAAGCAAAAACCUUUAUUUUUUAAAAACUACACUAUAAAUAGUCAGUACAUGUCAAGCAUGGGGGCUGCUGAUACUCAACAGAAAAAUUAGAUGAGUUGCAUUUUCUUAGUUGCUGCUAGUUCUUUUUCUUAGCUUGAAAUCAGUGCAAUUUAAUUCCUGUCCAAAGAAUUAAACUAACAUCCAAAUGCUUUAUUUAGAGUUUGUGAAGGAGCUAAUUGGGGGAUGUUACUCUUUACCAUCCAAAGAGUGCAAGCAAUGCCUUCCAUAAAUACUAAUUUUCUGAAAGAAGUGUACAGAGUCUAGAUACCUCUGAAGCAUCCUGGGGAGCGGGAGGGGUGCUGUGACAUGUCACCCCAGAAGUGUGUGACUCACUCUGAUGCCUUGGCUUCUGCCCCCAAUAUUAGAAGCUGAAGAGAAGGUGAGUUAUUAAUUUCGGGUACGUCUAGACUACAUGCCUCUGGCGACAGAGGCAUAUAGAUUAGGCUACCUGGCAUAGGACAAUGAAGUGGCAAUUUAAAUAAUUGCUGCUUCAUUUACAUUAAAUGGCUGCCACACUGAGCUGAUCAGCUGUUUGUUGGCUCAGCAUGGUAGUCUGGAUGCUCCACGGUCGACAUCAAGGGCAUUUUGUCGACCUCCCAAGUAAACCUCAUCCCAAAGGCAUGUAGUUUAGAUGUACCCUUAUUGAAUUAAACUGAAUAAAAUAAAGGGAGCAGUGGAUCAAGCAGCCAGAUCCCCCCCAAACUCAGAGACUUCAGCAGCUUAAAGGAACAAGUUUCCUUUCACAUUGCACUGAAGUGAUGCUAAGUGCCCCAAUUUGUAGCUUAAACCUGUUACCAUUGUGAUCUUCAGCCAGCCAACUUUAAAGCCCCCUGUAUGUAAUUUUAAAUACACCAGACAAGACAGUGGAGAAACUAGUCUAUCACCACUUGAAAUCUCUGUAAAACAUUUCCACAGCACUGAAUGACUGGAGAAUGCAGUAGCACAUUGUCUACUUUGCACAAGUGUAAAUACCUACAGAAGGUGCAAGGUACAGGGGAAGUAGGCUGUUUAUAUCAGGAAAGUUGCUGCCAUGGAGCUUGCUGCUUUCCACCACGUGCUUUAAUUUUCUUCAUUUUGCAGAUACUAUCAGAUCGUUUUCACAGCAGUGUACCAUGAUGUAUUUGCGUGAUCAGAAUUACAGUUACCUUCUCCAGGUCAGUUCUAUUCCUCUACAUCAGCAUAAUUUCAAAGUAAUCAACUUUCAGAUGGAGUCUAAAAUUAGCUUGGGAGCAAAGUGCCAAGUUCUGGUUUGCCGGUAACUAUGCACAAGUACAAACUAAAGGAAUGAGGGAGAGACCUGUUGCAUCAGGUGAAUUCAUUUGGAAGGAAAAUGGUCUGAGAAAGCAACUGCAGUUGGUGCCCUCCCAAAUAGCUGUGGCUAUCAAUCAAUCAGAUUUGCUUUAACUUCAUACAUGUGUGUAUCUUGACAGUGUAAUACAUAUUCUUGACCACAAGCCACUGCUUUGGAUUCUGCAUUUCCACAGGAAGCAAUCAAUGCUAACUAACUCCUUUCUGAUAUUGUCUCUGAUUUUAGUGGUAGGGUAGGUGCUCACUGGCAAAAACAUCUAGGCUAGCCACCAUUUUUUGCAGAAGAGGCUCUUCUGCAAAAAUGGCUCAUUAGGUAUGCAAAUGAGGCUCGGUGAUAGUCCACGCUUAGCCUCAUUUGCAUAUUUCUUGUGCAAGAAGCUGCAAGUGUAGACCUAGUCCUAGUGUAUUGCUAAUUCAGCUCUAUUUUAGAUAUAGUUGUUGGACUCCAGACUCUGGCAUCACAAGCUGUGAGAGUUAAGGUUAAACUGUUAUGGCUCAGUAUGAAUUUUUUGCUAUGUGUCAUUUUAGCCUUGCCUACACCAAAAUUUAAACAGCUUUGACAGUUAUAGGCCUCUAAUAGGGGCUAAGACAGCUCUGGUGUGAAUCACCUGUUCACUCUCCAUGUGCUCUGGCCUAUAGUUAAUCUAAUAAUCUAGGCAAUAUUAGCAUUACUGACACCUUAAAGAGGAUAUGUUCCCUAACUUAUCUGCAAGACUAGAGAAGAGAUUUAAACUGUCACUAGGUACAGUCAGAACAAAUAGGUAAAGAUUCAAGCUGGAACUUAUUCUACCAGGGCCCUGAGUUUAUUCUGUAAUUUCGCCCCCCCC